CCUCCCUCUUGAUCGACACCGAAGCUACUGAGCUGGGUUGCAUGCACCACCACCCUUUUUCUCCUCACCCCCCAACACACCCGCUGGUCAUCGCCUGAGUCUUGUCAUCUUCCGCUUCUCGCGGAUCUGGCUUCCCAUGCUCCAAUAAACUCAUCUCACCAUGCCCCGGAGGACGCUGGGUGGUGGUCGUGUCCUGGGCACCGCAAGCGCUGUCCCCCCAUCCGCCUCAACUCCGUCUCCGCAGCCCAAACCAAGGGUCUUAUCGCCGUCAGCAAGCAGCAUCUCUCUCAAUUCCCAGGCCUCCGCCUCUCAGUUUUCUUACGAAACGCAAGACCUCACUUCCCGAAUCUCUCUCGAAAAUGCCUCUCCUUCGAUGCCUGCGGCCCCGGCUGCGCCCGGAGCCCAGCUGGCCUGUCCCAUCUGUAGUGAGGAGAUGGUCACUCUACUCCAGUUAAAUAGGCACCUCGAUGACGUACAUCAGAAUCUGGAGGACGAUCGACAGGACGAGGUCAAAGACUGGUUCAAGGUCCAGAUGGAGAAAGCGAAGCGGUUUCAACCACUUGCGGUUCUCAACCAGAAACUCAAGGGACUGGACGUCUUCGAGUCGAACGAAAACCUACAAUCUUCCGCGGGCCCCAGUCGACCUCCCGGGCCUGUGCCUGUGGUGUCCGCUCAACCCGCUGAAAUACCACGAGCCCCCGAACCAGAAGAUAUUAUCACAAAGGAGCACUGGCAACCUCGCGGUUUCUACGAUGUCUGCCUGGAGCCGUCAUGCGGGCAGCGGCUCAACGCGACCAACGGGUGUGUAAAUUGCCGUAAGUGCGGGAAAUUGUUCUGCGAGGAGCAUACCAUGUACCAGAUGAGGCUGUCCAGGUCUGCGCAGCAUGAGCCUGUGCGGGGCUUGUGGUACCGGGUCUGCGAGACCUGUUAUAAGUCUAGGGAGGGAUACAACGACCACAACGGCGUCGUAAGAGAUCGAAUGGACGAGUUCCAGGCUGUGAGGAAGCAAACUGUCGGCAAAGCGUUCUUCGAGGUUUCCCGGCUGGAGAAACGUUUGACGCGUCUUACCCAGCUCCUCGCUGCUUUACCUCGGGACCAGAUCCAGUCCGGCGCGACUAAGCGCUGGCCCCUCCUAGGCCAGAUUGAUCAACGGAAGGCUCUGGAACAAAGUAUUAUCACCUGGCAGGAUGAUUCCAGCGUGUCUAGGUGUCCAUUCUGCCAGCAGGACUUUUCCAGCUAUACGUUUCGAAGGCACCAUUGCAGAACUUGCGGGCGAGUUGUUUGCGGCGACCCAGAGACUGGGUGCUCGAGUGCAGUGCCUUUAAGUAUCACACCUCUUUCGCAAACACCCGCAGAAAAGGCACCGGAUACUGGCUCUAUAGAUAUCGAUGUACGGCUUUGCAAAGACUGCAGAGCUACUUUGUUUGACCGGCGUGACUUCGAAGCCGACGUAAUGCGGAAGCCUCCUGAUUUGAAGACUUACGAGAAUCUAAUUCAGUUCGAGAGAGGCAUUCGGAUCCUCAUGCCGAAGUUUCAAAAGCUUCUGGUUGCUUUACAAGACCCCAAGCGGCCACCCACAUCUAACCAAAUAGCGGAAGCCUCCAAAGUCCGCAGGCGGCUUACCGAUUCCUUCGCUCAGUAUAAUAUCGCCGCCAGGCGAAUACGCGAUCUCCCCACAAAAUCCCCCAUGCAGAAGAAUCUCCAGAACGCAAUCUACCAGCAGGCGAGCAAUUUCCUCCACCUGCACAUGCUUCCUUUGAAAUCCUUGCCCAAGGUCCUCAAACACGCUACUCCCCACGGACGAAUACCCAACCCUGCCAGCUCUCCCGAUAGUCCAAGCCCCGGUACUGCAGGGCAUCGUCGCCAAGGAUCCGCCCUGGCGUCUAUCAAGUACGGCAGCGCAGCAGCCGGCGGCAGCAACUGCAGCCUCGCAAGCGAUACAAGCAGCGCCGUGUCCGCCCUCGAAGCAGAGGAGAAGUCGCUCCGCGAGAGGCUCAUCGUCCUCGAAGAGCAGAAAUUCUUCGUCUCCGAAAUGAUCGCAGACGCCAACCGGCGCCGCAAGUUCGACGAAGUCAGCAGCUUAGCAAUGAACGUGGAGGACCUCUCUCGUGAGAUCGACCGGAUCAACGGGAUGUUGGACGGGCUUGACUUUGAGAACGUAUACACUGGUAAUUUGGCGACGAACUGAACACGGCCUUUCAUGCUGAACCCUGGUAUCCCAGUCAACUUGAGCCUGCCUCCCUUUAGCGGUUACUUUACUGGCCUUUUUUCCUUCUUUGUUCUUACUUUACUUCGUGGCUUGGCUUGGCUUGGCUUGGCUUUGGUAUUUGGCGCGGCGUUUGUAUGAGCUCUUCCUAUUUGCAUGGCAUCAGGCGUCAUCAAUAUGUGAAUCACCUGUCAUACUUUUACUUCUAUCAUACAUUUCUUCCAUGGGU